GGAAGAUUCGAUGGUGACUAACUUGCAGAAUUUCCUUUGCAGCCAUUGACGCCUCACUUUGAAAGCUUUGCCGAGACCCAUGUGAGCUGUAAUCGAGCUGUUUGCAUCUGUCCAUGUGAAGCACAUUGCCAGAGUCCAAAAGGGCUCUCAUAUUCUGGCCACAGAGGGCAGAAACAGUUCCAUGAAGGCUUGCACCUGAAGAUCAUGGAUUGGCAAGUAACGAGGGCAAGCAGGUCUGUGUGGCAUUGAUCAAGCUCCUUAGCCAUGUUGCCGCGCGAUCCUUUCUAUCGCCGUGCGAUUGAGACAUUGAGCUUUCACCCUGACCCCUACUGGGGACAGCCAAGUAGCAGCGUGGAUUGGUGCGAGAAGAACUAUGAGCACACGAGGUAUGUGGCUGAGUUCUUCAACACCUUGUCUUCCUUGCCCAUGUUAGUUGUCUCCAUCUGGGGCCUAUGGCUCUGUGUGAGGUACCGCCUGGAGCUCAGGUUUUACCUUUGCUGGGCCGGGAUCGGCGUGGUGGGCAUUGGAUCCGUGGCCUUCCACGGGACGCUGCACCCGGCCGGCCAGGCCACCGACGAGCUGGGCAUGAUCUGCGCCAGCCUGGCCUUUCUCUAUGUGGUGCUGGAGAUCGGUCACUUGGAGGCUCGCCGUCCUUGGCUGCCCGCAGUUGAGUGCAGCUAUGCUCUCGGCUUCGCCAUCGCAUAUUUCACCUCGCCCUUCUUCUUCCCGGUCUUCAUAGCAAUGUAUGCAGCGACAGUGCUGCUCAUCAUUCAGCAAGCUUACCGGGUGUACCAGCUUUACGCCAGCGAUGAAAACGCCUCUGCAGCGUGGCAGCGAUGUCUAUUCUGGAUGGCCGCCAUUGGAUAUCCGGCCGGCUUUCUCUUCUUAUGGGUUCCUGAGAAUGCGUUGUGCCCCUCCUACCCCUGGUUGUUCCAGCGUUUGCACCUACACGCACUGUUCCAUUUGGUGACCACCAUGUCGCCCUACUGCUACGUGGUCUUCAUGACCUACCACCGGUGCACCGUGCUCAAGCGCGACGCCGAACACCGCAUAGGACUGGGCUUGGCCUAUGUCCAUGUCAAGGCCUCCGCGUGAACUGAUCAGACUGCUGCGGGCGCUGUGCGAUAAGACGGCAUCCAAGACAAAGUUUCGGUUGCUUAGGUGCCCGUUACUAGUGAUGCGGCUGUGCUGUCGAUCUAGUGAUCACGUGACCGUGAAUCAGGCUGGGCAACGCUUGAAAUUGGCAACCGUCCAACUAACCGAGCGUCAGGGAAGAAUUGCGAACAGUGGCAAUGGUCGCGAAUGGCAA